AACUUUAUUUACACAACACUGGUGCACACGGAUCAUCAAGCAGGGUUGUCCUUCAGUGCAGCUAACCAGCUAGCCUGAUCUACGGCUCAUUGUCGCAGUUCUCGUAAUAACAGCUUCUUAAAGGAGAAUAGACCGCGCUGAACGAUGGCGACGAGGAUUUGGCCUGUUAUGAAACUGGCCACCAAGGUGACCAUUGCAGGAGGAGCUGUCUAUGUUGCCUAUGACUCUGGUCUCUUGGGGAACAGUGAACAGGGCUCAGAGGCUCUGCAGAAGGCCAAAGCAGUAAUCCCACCUGCCAUGGAGGAAUGGAUGAAGUACUUUGGUGUGGAGGCUCAGCUUCCAACCAUACCUAAGAUUGAGUUCUCUCCUGUUGACGCGUGGAAUUCUGGCGUACAGUGGACGAUUUCAAAUCUUUCUGAGGCCCCGACAAAAGCCACUGAAUACACAAGUCAGGGGCUGCAGUACUUGAAGGACCUCACAAAGUGAACAUGAACUCUCUGGACAGCCUCACAUUAUCAGUCCUUUUGACUUUUGCACUUCAGAAUGACAUUACUUCUUCAAAUGUUGAACCCUGCCAUAAGAAUGAAGCAACACACAACAUCAAAGAAAACUGCUAGAUUAAAAGAUUAAAAGCAAGGAGGCUACUCUGCUGAAUGGGUACUGUGGUUUUCUAACUUGAUAACUUUGAUGGGAGAUGUACAUAAUGGAAAGGAAAUUUUAUUUUUAAGAAGGCAAUCUUUCAUUUUGUGUAUACCUCAAAAUUGUGUAUACCAAAUAGUUGCUAUCGGCACUGUCCAGCAGAGUGUUAUUCUGCCCUCACCUUGCCCAAAAAAUGUUAAGAAUAUCUGUGUGUGUAUAUAUAUGCAAUUUCACUAUUUGUGAGCAAUAUAUCAAUCUUAAAACA